GCCGGCGUCAUUGGAUGGUCAGAAAGCUUGUCCUGGCUCGCUCUCUUCUCUCACGGAAGCUACAUAAGGAAGCUUCCCCUCCUUCCCCCCCUCUCUUCUGUUCCAAGUUGAUACCCAAACCCAUUGCAUCCUAAUCAAUCUUCAUCUUAUUCAAAGCAACAGAAUCCUUCAAUCUUGACAAUUGAAAUCCUCAUCCUCAGCCAAUAUGAACAAUCCCGAGCAGAACCCAACCCCUCCGGCAAACCAGGGCACCCGCCGUCGAAGCUCCGGCUUCAUGCCUGCAUUUGAGGGCCUCUCUCAACACCACCGAAACGCCAGCAAUACUGCCCGGCGUCAGAGUAUGACCGACCAACAAUCCAAACCAGGCAUCUUUGGCCAAUUUUUCCACAAUACGUUCGGAAGAAAUGCCAAAUAAAUUGUAACACCUGUAUAUAUGAUGGCGUCCUGGAACAUGAGAGCUGUUAUUGCGGCCCGUGUUAUAUCUAUCUCUCUAUCCUAGGUUACCGUGCGCAUCGGAUAAAGAAAGCCUGUGGAGUUGGAAUGGGAAACAGAUUGAGCUCAGUGUAAACAUAAUACAUGAUUAGUAUCGUACAAGCGACCCUGCGCUAUGCUGUCAGCUUGUGACGCCCUCCAAUGCUUGAGAACUGUUGGACUCCAUAAAAGAGGUUCAGACGUUGCAGAGAAUUAAAAUAAGAGGCGACAACCCAUU